GUCACUUUAUGCUUCAUUUACUUACAGUACAAGCACAAGAUUCAAGAUCAAGAUUCAAAAGUGUAAUGUGACCUGAAUUACAAUGUGUUUACUAGGCAUACUGAUGAGACCUCCUACCAGAGAGGAGACCACAGACAGGCCCAUCUCAAUAGUGGACCAGCUCAAAGUACUACGUGGUCAUAUCAAAACACUCCUCAAAAAUGAGGAGAACAUGGUGAAAGACCGUAAACUUCAGCUCAGGGCCGAGGAGCAGACCUUAAAGAAGCGCAAGAAGGAGUUUGAGAAAGCCCAGAAGAAUAUGACUGUCGUGGAGCGGGACAGGGAGAGGAACAGCUUGGCCUUAGAGAGAUAUCAGCUACAGUGUCGCGAAAGAGACAACAAACAUGGUUUCGAGAUCAACAAAGCAAAGCUGCAGUAUGAAUUGAGCAUCAUCCGCAAUCAUAUUAAGAUGGAGAAGGAGAGGAAGAAGGAGGAGAGAAAGGAGAAGCUGAAGGAGGAGAAGAAGAAGAGGAGGGAGGACAAGAAAACACUUGUUGAUAAAAUUGCACGGAUGGAGAGGAGGUGAAAGGAGAGGAGUGGUAAGGAGAGGAGAGGAAAGGAGAAGAGGAGAGAAGAGGAGGGGAGAGGAGAAGAGGAGAGGAGAGGAGGCGAGAGGAGAGGAGAUGAACGGGGAGGAGAUGAAUGGAGAGAAGAGGAGAGGAGAAGAGAGAAGAGGAGAGGAGAGGAGAGAAGCAGAGAGACUGACAAUCAUAACCACAGAGACAUUUUUAUUAUUAUGACAUUUUUAUUAUUACUUAUUACUUUUAUUAUUACAUUUUUAUUAUUACA